UGUCUCUUUAAGCGCAGGGCGGACAGCAGAUCUCCGAACCUCCUCCUCGGAGCGGAUUACAGCUCCAGCUUUGCGUGUCCGUGUCCUGCUGCUACAUCACCAGCUGAUCCAGGGGAACAAAGGCAACCAGAACCCUCUCAGCGCCAUGGACUUUAACGUGAAGAAGCUGGCUUCAGAUGCGGGGGUGUUCUUCACCCGAGCCGUGCAGUUCACAGAGGAGAAGCUGGGCCAGGCUGAGAAGACCGAGCUGGACCCUCACUUGGAGAACCUGUUAUCCAAGGCGGACUCCACAAAGAACUGGACUGAGAAGAUCUUAAGACAAACAGAGAUUCUCCUGCAGCCCAACCCAAUUGAUCACACAGGCGCUCGGAUCGAGGAGUUCAUCUAUGACAAGCUGGACAAAAAGCUUCCCUCCAGAACCACCAACGCCGAGCUGCUGGGCCAGUACAUGCUGGAUGCUGCUAAAGAAUUUGGAGUGGAGACUCCAUACGGCAGCACCCUGAUCACUGUUGGAGAGUAUCAGAAGAAACUCGGAGAAGCUGAACGGGAAUUCCUCCACACCUCGGCCGUAACGUUCCUCUCUCCUCUACGCAACUUCCUGGAGGGAGACUGGAGAACCAUCUCGAAAGAGCGACGCCUUCUCGAGAACCGACGCUUGGAUCUGGACAUCUGCAAGGCCCGGCUGAAAAAGGCCAAGCAGGCCGAAGCCAAAGCAGCGGCUACACCAGACUUUCAGGAGACGAGGCCCAGGAAUUACGUUCUGUCAGCCAGCGCAUCCGCGCUGCUGAGUGAGGAAGUGGACAAAGCGGAGCAUGACCUCCGAGUCACCCAGACGGAGUUUGAUCGUCAGGCUGAGGUCACCCGGCUGCUGCUGGAAGGAAUUAGCAGCACACAUCUCAACCACCUGAGAUGUUUGCAGGAGUUUGCAGAGGCUCAGGCAACUUACUACGCUCAGUGUCAUCACUACAUGCAGGACCUGCAGAGAGAGCUGAACAGAUGUGCUAACUCAGCCGGUGCCCCCCAUUCGUCUGCCGCUGGAUGCCCCGAUCCGGUCUUGUCUGCUUUCCCGUCUGGGAGGUUGUCUCCUGGAGCUUCUGGUUCCAGGAAGGCGAAGGUUCUGUAUGACUACGACGCUCAUGAUGCAAGCGAACUGUCUCUCCUGGCUGACGAGGUCAUCACUGUGUACACUGUACCAGGAAUGGACCCUGACUGGCUGGUUGGAGAGCGGGGGAACCAGAAAGGCAAAGUACCUGUGACCUACCUUGAACUGCUGAGCUAAUGGACCAUGCAACACACCUACUGAUAGAACCCUGCUUGUUCAGUCUCAUUCAUGUACACUCAGCUUUAGUUCGGACCUUCUGUCAGCAUAUUCUCCAGUCUGUACCCACUGCAGGUUUCUGGGGUUUUUAAUGAACAGCCUUUCUCUGAGAAAAUAACGCAGUAGUUACCUCUGUCUCAUGAACGUGUGCUAAUAGACAAAGAUGUCUGGGAACCUGCUCAAUAUUCUGAUCUGAGUGAUUAAAAUGCUUACGCCUAGCCAAUAUGUGCUGGGCCCCAUAUGGAUUUUCCUUAGGUCUAAUGGGCACUAAGUGGACCUGGGAUCAAAAUGGGCUUCUUGUAUGGGUCAGCAAUACCAGAUGGUAUUAGCUGGGUCUUUCAUGAGAUUUUAAAACAAUUGCUAAACCCAUAUGGGUCACACUGUUUACCCAUACGUGUUCUGUAUCAAACCUAUUGACGCAAUUAAUACAGGGCAAUAUGCAACCAGUGUUCAGAACAUUAUGUGGCCCAUUUUUCAGUACAUUUCCUACCCCUGUGGGCUCCAUAUGUAAAUGUUGGCUAGUGGCAUUAUUAGUGCUGUGUUUUAAUUUUUUCUCGGAAGUUUGAGCUCGUAUCUGGAAAUGACGUUACACUGGAGUAGGCUGUGCUCUAGUUGCAAGUCAGAAAACCAUUAGGGUUUUGCCAAUAUUUUUGGCACUAACUACUAAUAGCAAUGCAGGACAGUAAGAAUAUAUUUCUCUUCAUUUUGUGCAUCCUAACACAAAAGGACCAUAAUCACAGAUAGAUGUUGUCCAACUCUCUGUGUGUCACUGGUUUAAAGACAAACCAUCAGAAUUGCUGACAAACAUUUCGUUUUGGCAACUUUGUUUAACCUACAUAUGGGCAGAGGCCAUAUUGGAUACUGGAACCGAGGCUGCUCGUGGACCUCUGAAUUUCCCAGUCAGAGUUCCAACUUCAGGGACAUUCUUGUAGUUUUUCCACUUGGGAACUGAACAAUGCUGACUUCUAAUUACAAAGAGAACGCACCGUGAGAAGCUUCAUUGUUCUCUGGAGUCGACAUUUCUGGUUUCAGAGUAAAAAAAAUCAACUUAAACACCCCCAGAAGUUGGACGUUGGACUUGGAAAGUCAGUUUUUUUUAUUCCGGAAAUUCAAUAAGGCGGCCUUAUGUCUAAGGCGAGUAUCAAUAAAUCAUUAAUUUGACUUUCUGGUGGGCUGAUUCAGAUUAAAUCAAUGACACACAUAAUCCAGCCUAAAAUCUGUUUGUAUUCCUUUCGUUUGCAUGAAUACCUGCUGAGAAAUACAUCCUUCUUGGUUUGUGUUUAAUUAGCAUUGUUACUGGGAACAAACACUAGCUAGUCCCACUGGUUUUCUGCAUUGUAAUGGAAUGGGUCUAGUUUGGUGCAAGUUUAAAUAAAUAAAACACAGCUUGUGAUUGUUUUGAAAGACAAAAACUUGCAAAAUCAAAAGUUAAGCUAGCGAGCUUGCUAAUGCUAAAGAUGCUAGCAUUCUUAUUUACUGUCGUAUUUCUGUUUUUUACCAUUUUUUUCAAUGAAUUACCUAAUUAUUGCAGAAUAUUUUUAUUAGUUUUUGUUUGUUUGCACUGAGAACACAUUAGCUACCAGCAGCUUUAGCAGUAGCAGCUAGCUUGACUUGCAGGUUGAACACAAGUGAAUUAGAAACCACCUGUACUUUCCAGAAAUGAAUUAGUGAGCACAAACUCUCACUGUUCAUCGAGGAGGUAAGAAAUUCUUCGCAUCAUGGCGGCUCAGCAAGAAGAUCCAGUUUACUAUAAGCCAACUUCUGGUACCACUUUAUAAAACAGUCUUAGUGCUGCUACAUCUGAGACAAACCUAAUGAGGAUAAAAAUAUUUCCAUUUCA